AUGUCAGAGGAUGUAGGAAAUUUGAAAACGAUAGUUGUCAAGCCUAUAGUUUACGGAAACGUUUCACGCUAUCUAGGUAAAAAGCGCGAAGAAGAUGGAAGAACACAUCAAUGGACUGCGUUUCUUCGUCCUUACAACAAUAAUGAAGACUUAUCAACAUUCAUUAAAAAAGUGCACUUCAAACUGCAUGAGAGUUAUUCGAAUCCUAUUCGAAUUGUUAAUAAACCCCCUUUUGAACUAACGGAAACAGGAUGGGGAGAAUUCGAUAUAACAAUCAAAGUCAUAUUUACUGAUCCAAAUGAAAAGCCCUUAGUAAUAACUCAUCUUAUUAAAUUAUUUCAUUGUGAUCAUGAAAUAAUGAUGGGUCAUAGGAGUUUGGUUCGAGAAAUUUACGAUGAAAUGGUGUUUGUUGACCCUUCCCCAACCUUUUAUCGUGCGUUAAUGACCAGGUCUCAAAUUCCUCCAAAUAUACCAACGAUUCCACAUGAAACGGACUUCAAAGAAACGAAACGUCAAGCUCUGUAUUCCAUUCAAGAACUAAACAGGAAGGUAACUGAAGCAAUUGAAGUGUAUAAAAAGCAACUGAUAUCAAGAAAAGCAAUUAUCGAGGAAGUAAAGUUAAUUGUUAAUGAAGUAGAUGCUACAACUGUUGGUACUAUCAUGCAGUAAUAAUGUAUAUACUUGUAAAUAUUUAAA